CCGCUCAUCAAUAUGCGCUUCAGCUGCUCCAUGUAAGAUCCUCCUGCACAGAGAACAAGCGGAGCCACUGUUCGCACCGUGGAGGCGAUGUCACCUCCUUCACACCUGACUCCUUCCAGCCGCUGACUUCUCCCCCUUGGCUCGACUUUACCCCCGUUUUCUGGGGGGGAGAGAUCCAUGGAUUUCCUCUGAUCUGAUCCGGAGCGCGUCCUGGACCGUGCGUUGAUCUCAGGGGAGGGGGCUCUCUGCUGCUGCUGCUGUGGCUGCGCGCACACACACAUAGGGGUGACGAGGAAACAGGAGAGAAGAGAGAGAUUUGAUAAUAACAAAAUAAAGGAGAAAGGGGGAUGUUUGCUUUGCACCGGCUGCGCCAAUUCCGCGUCUUUUCCGCACUGGUUGUCGGUUCGAUUGUGUGUUGCGCGAAAAGCGUCAAUGAGCCGGGCAACAUGUCAUUCGUGAAGGAGACGGUGGACAAACUACUGAAGGGUUAUGACAUCCGACUCAGGCCGGACUUUGGAGGGGCCCCUGUUGCAGUUGGGAUGAGCAUAGACGUGGCCAGCAUAGACAUGGUGUCAGAAGUCAACAUGGACUACACGUUGACCAUGUAUUUCCAGCAGUACUGGAGGGACAAGCGUCUCGCCUACUUAGGAAUCCCUCUCAACUUGACCCUGGAUAACCGAGUCGCCGACCAGCUCUGGGUCCCCGACACGUACUUCCUCAACGACAAGAAGUCUUUCGUCCACGGAGUCACGGUCAAAAACAGAAUGAUCCGCCUGCAUCCUGACGGAACCGUUCUCUACGGCCUCAGGAUAACGACAACGGCAGCGUGUAUGAUGGAUCUCAGGAGGUAUCCCCUGGACGAGCAGAACUGCACCCUGGAGAUAGAGAGCUAUGGCUACACCACGGACGACAUUGAGUUCUACUGGAAAGGAGGCGAGACGGCUGUGACGGGGGUGACGCGAAUCGAGUUGCCUCAGUUCUCCAUCGUCGAUUACAAGUUGGUGUCCAGAAACGUUGUCUUUUCCACAGGUGCCUACCCUCGACUGUCUCUGAGCUUCAAGCUGAAGAGGAACAUCGGCUACUUCAUCCUGCAGACGUACAUGCCAUCCAUCCUGAUUACCAUCCUCUCCUGGGUCUCCUUCUGGAUAAACUAUGACGCAUCGGCAGCCAGAGUGGCUCUAGGCAUCACUACCGUGCUCACCAUGACAACCAUCAACACCCACUUGAGGGAGACGCUGCCCAAGAUCCCCUACGUCAAGGCCAUCGACAUGUACCUGAUGGGCUGCUUCGUCAUGGUCUUCCUCGCCCUGCUCGAGUACGCCUUCGUCAACUACAUCUUCUUCGGGCGGGGCCCUCAGAUGCAAAAGAAGCUGGCGGAGAAGGCGGAGAAGGCCAACAACGAGCGGGCGGCCAAGUACGACGCUGCGAGGGAGGCAGGUUGUAGGACCGCGUCCCUUAAACGGUCCAAUCAGGUUAAAGGUCUUCGCCACUCACGCUCGGCGGAACCACACGGCCACGGGAACAUCCUGCUCACCACCCUCGAGAUCCACAACGAAGUGGCGGGCGGCGAGAUCACCACCAGCGUGGCGGACAUUAGGAACUCUCAGUCCAUGGUGCAGUUGGACAGCACUGCCUCGACGCACAUCCAGUACCGAAAGCAGAGCGGCGGCAACGGCCAGCGCUCCGGCAGCCGCCAAUCGCUGGACCGGUCCGCGCAGAUGAAACGCAGCCGCCUGCGCAGACGGUCCUCGCAGCUCAAAAUCAAAAUCCCCGACCUGACGGAUGUAAACGCCAUCGACCGCUGGUCACGGAUCAUCUUCCCUUCCGUUUUCUCACUGUUCAACCUUGUAUACUGGCUCUACUAUGUCUGAUUGGACCGUUGUGUUGAGGUGUUUGGUGUUGUUUCAUUUUUAUUUUCAUUUUGUUUAAUUUUCUUCCUUUUUCUGUUGCUUUUAUACACGAUGGAAUAUGUAGAGUAAAAGACUGACAAAGCACAAGACAAAAAAAAAAGACUGAGAAAGACUACUGAGGUUUGGACCAAGUUCUCGUCAAAAUUGUUUUUAUAUUUGAAGUCAUUGAAUCCUUAGUAUUGAGGUCUUUUUAUUUUCUGAAGUAUGUACUGUAACUGGGACUUGUGGCAACCAUUUCCCAACAUUCUCCCUCUCAGUAAUGUGUAAAUAGACAGAUACAAAGCCAGCAAUAGAGUAAAUGAUUCAGUGUUUGCAAAAAAAAAAGCCAAACAAACAAUGAAAACAGUCGAUGCAAAGAUUUUUCUAAUCACAAAAAAACUUUAUACAACACAGGUGGUCAGAGAAGUGCGAACAAUUUCUAAAACGUCAUUAGCCAAACUAGCGUACGUAUGUUUGACUGGUACCCUAUGCACUCUUAAUGCAUGCAAUGAUCAGCCAUAGAGGAACAGUAAUGGCACAACUUUACAGAAGAGACGCUGUUGAUGUGUAUUUGUUUAUACCGUUGAUAAUAUAUAAGACACUUGCUAUUGACUUUAUCAUUGAUCUGGGGAACCUUCACACAAACGCACUCGUUCAAAGGAGAGGAUGUUGCCUCUGUUCAGGAUUGACUGUGACUCAGGUUCGGAAUUUUUCGCUAUUAGGCAUCUUUUCCUCGACAAAAGAAAAGUGUCACUGAAAUAUUAUUUUUUUCGUAAUUUGAUACAGAGAUUUAAAGAAGGAGAAGAAGCACAAAUACGAGUAAAACUGCCAUUUUUCACUUCUAACUUCUCGCAGCAGCGCUUCAAGUGACAGAAUUGCACUCAAAUUUCCUCGAACUUACUUUCAAACAACUGCCAAGGGCCUUUUGGGCGAUACAGUUACUCAACCCAUGAAAUACUAUAGUAUUUUUGUACUCUGUGUCUUCAGGUAUUCAUUUGAUUUAUUGUUUUCUUUUGCUCAAUACUAACUCUGCUGUGAUGAUGGAGUGGAGGAAUGAAAACCCAUUGUUUCUGUACAUAAGUACAUAGGUGUGUAUAUACAUAAAUGUGUAUAUAUAUAUAUACUGUGUGUACAACCCAAAAUGAAAAGGAUCAAAUAUUAAGAGUUUUGUGAGUGUCAUGCUGACGAUUAACUGUCAGACUAUUUAGUGCAGGUUCAAAAAAAAAGAGUUGAGGAUUAAACCACAGGUCAGUUUCAGGAAUCAGUUUUUGAGUGUCAGCGGGGCACUGGAUCAAACAGCCCACCAUGUUCCACUCUGGACACUGUGUAUAUGUUCAAUUCUGCAUUUUUAUUGUACGCUCUGCCACUCAGCAGCAACUCAUGCAAAGGGAUUUCACUGAUUGUGCAGACGGACCAGACGCUGACUAACAAGCACAUACUGGCAUUGAAUGUAUCAGUUCCAUUCUUCAGGGAGAGGAUAAUGAGCCAUGGUCAUCCUUUCUCCAUCAGAAUGUAACACGCCCAUUCUUGCGUUGAGAGUGAUGUAGGGAUAGAGGGGGAGGGCCGAUGCUAUAUACGAGUGUGUGCAUGUGCAUGUAUGUUUGAGAGCGAUGGGGAAUGGACGGGGCGAGCUUGGGAGAGGACGGGCGUGGGUAGACGGUUCAUUUUCUGUGCUGCUUGCUCGACUAUGGACAAAUGUCAGCGUAUAAUAGUUUUGUGGAUAGAAGUAGCUCUCCUGUUUGACUCUUGCCUCUAACCUGUGCCAUUCCACCUGAGGUUGCAGAGCAAGCGACCAGUUCACGGACGAUGAUGUAAAUCUGAGGCGUUUCUGUCACAGAUCCACGGCACGCUGUAAUUUGUGCAUGUACAAGAAUACAUACAAACUGCCACCGACAGACAGUGAGUUCUGCUCUUGGUAUGUAAGAGUCACUGACCGUCAGAGUUGGGAUCAAUUUAACUUUGAAAUGAAAAUGUGUAAAGUCUUAUGUGUAAAGUCUGAUAUGUGACUAAGAACUGAAUGUACUGUACUUGGAUUGUUGCUGCAUUGCAAAUGCAAUUUACUUUCUGGAAACAGGAUUGACCUCAACCUGAUUAAUAUAGGGCUCCAGUUGAUUCCACAUUUAAGUGACCCGAGUCUCUCGCUGGUUUCGUGUCCUGUUUUCUACCGUGUAGAUGGGGCAAAGUGCAAACUCGACCUGGGUUCAACAAAAAAAGAAAGUUCUAAAUGAAAAAAAAACACCACAUGUUAUAAACCAAAACUAGGAAGGCCCCUGAGGAUCCAUAGUUAAACCACGUGUAAAUCUGUACUCUGUUUACAAAUCUGUGCGCACAAAAUCACAAUCGGUUCUCCUGUUAAAAAUUUUUGCAGUUGGCUCUUUUCUUUUUUUCCUCCGCUCAACCUUGAGGGGCUUUUAGCAUCUUUCUGAAAAUGUGUUCACCCAAGACGUGAAGUGAAUCCUCAUUUUCCAUAUGAACUUCUGAACCUUGUGUACCAGUGAUUUGAAAGUACCAGAGAUUGUUGCAAGCUAGCAACAAACUUUACGUUUAGAAAGUAAGUUCAUAAAAGCAUGGGAUGUAUUCAAAUUCAAGUGAAAACACGCCUCUCCAGUGACUGUGUGUUCUCUUCACGUUCUGCCCCAACACUCAGAAGAUGUCUUCACUUUGGGUUUUCAAGUGUCUGAAGCAGUUUGUCUGAAUCAGUUCAAGCUGCUCUGAGUAGUUUUGAGGGGAACGUUUGUACCAACAAAAUGUCUAAACAGUUGAAAAAGCUUCAGUGUCAUGUAAAUAAGAUAUAAAAAAAACAGAUUCCUAGAACACUGGAGCUAGAAAAUGACUGUUUUCUGGUGCAAGUCACACAAUCUCCCUGACUUACUGGUUCGCUUUGAUUCAUGUGGUGAGAUUUAAAGCAAGUUUUUGCAGUUGAUCCGUGUUUGAGCCGUUUUUAUUAAUUACCAAACUACACAGUGCAGGUGAAAACUCAAAGAGGAGGCAACUUAUACAAACUCUCAAUACUUGUUUAUCAUGCAUGCGACUACAAUUUGUAACUUGGGAAGAUUUAAAAAAAAAAAAAAAAAGAUAUUUUGCAAACGUACUUAAAUGAGAGCUGCCGACUGCUCAUUUUAGAGAUGACAUGAUGCCAUGUGAGCCUACGUUAAAAAGAAAAACAAAAAAAAAGACUUCAGGUGUUGUAUGGCCUUGGUCCCAUAAUGGAAUGUGAAAUGUUCUGUGCUGCCACAAAAUGUACUUAGGCUUAGAUUUAUACUGUAUAUCUCUGUAUGUUUCUCUUCCUUUUUCAAUAGAUUAUCAUGUUAAACCAUCAAUAAAGGAUAUACAUUGUA